AAUUUCCCUCCUACUGGUAUGACAUAGAUAAAAUAUGAAAAACGUAUACUGAAGCAAAACAUAAUAUUUCAUUCGUCACAUUUUUCAUGUACCCGAAUUAGGACGCAGGUAGGCAGGAGCAAAGAAGCUGUGUGCGCGCGCACUACAGCGAAUGGAGGCACUUCUCAAGGGAGAGAGCUGAGCGCGGCAGUCGGCAUGCGGCGCGCGCGGAGCGUCACGGGGCCUCUGCGCCGGGCGCACCCCGCCUCGGGGGCCACCUGGAACGUCCAGGUGGUGCGUGGCAAGAUGAGCUCUCAAUGUUUGUGGCACGCUUGUCGAGCGCUCUCAGCGGGCUUGUUACUGAUGCUACUCGGAGCGGCUAUGGCUGUCAUAGGUUACUACGCAGAUAUAUUAUCAGUAGCAGAGGAGGUGCGAGGGAAUGCUACGGUCUCGGUCAAAGACGAAGCGCGAGGCUUCCACCUCAAUAACUUAUCGUACGCCGGCCCUAUCGUCAUGGGCUUUGGAGGAUUCAUAGUUGUCGCAGCAUGCGUGAUGACAUUCGAAGCCCGUGACAGCGCAGCGAAGGUGACGCCGGCGCGGCCCCAGAGCUUGCCUCGGCCGGUGCCGCGGCGAGGGCCCGCGUGCGCCGCACCCGCCCGCCUCGACCAACUCGGAGUCUACCGCCUGCCACACGUUCUGCCGCUCCCGCACGCACUCCCACUGGCGCCCUUGCACCGACACAGAAUACCACCCCCCAUCAGAACUGGUGGUGAGAGAGGAAAAGUCAAGGCACGUUUCGGGUCAGCUCCCGACCUACGUAGCGGUAGUGCGCGCGCACCGCUCCCCGUAAGCGCAUUGCGCCGCCCGCUACGCCGCUACGCAAUCUCCGUAGACGAGCCGCCGCCUUCAGCAGUCAGCGCAAGCGCAGCAGAGUCGGAGUGCGGGUCUCAGUCGUCGCUGGCGCUGGAUCUGCACGCUAGCGGCGCGUGCGCAGGCGUGACACUGCGCGUACGCGACAACACGCGCCGGCGCCCGCUAGCGCGCCAGCAACGUCUGCGGGACGACACCAUGCAUCCAACUCCAGUCGAGAGUACGGUCAAUCUAAACAUUGCUGAGGAAUGUACGUUAAGAAGAAAUGACGAAGAGAUAAUUUCAAAAGCUAUGGAGCACCUGCCAGUAGAGUCGGAAAUGCGAGCUUGCAGCGCGCCGCCCACCGAGCACGCGUCGCCACAACCCUCUCCGCCUCUAGUGGUAACCACACCGCUUUCCCCACACUCACCUGCUGAAACUUGCAUCACUAUCGAACACACAGCUCAACAAGACCCAGAACACCCUCCCCAACUAGACGAAUGAGAACAUCAAACGUCUCGUUCAAACGAGACCCUUAAACCCUCCACGUUCGGAAAAGAACUCUCUUGUUGAUAAAUUUUAUACUUAUUAUACAAAGUAUUUGGUUACUAUUUACUAAAUAACAAAAUUGACUUUUCGAUGUGUCUUCACGUUCAAAGUCACUUCUAUUUUUUAGAUCCGCUAUUGUAUAUAAUAAUUGAUGUAUUUAAUUGUUAGCAGACGUUCAUUGUGGUAGACAGUUGUUCUUAAUAUUUAAGCGCGAAGUCGUAGAAUAUUUAUUUCCAUUCGAAGCUAUCAUUAGUAUACUUACAGCAAUUAAAUUUAAAUCCGAAAAUAUUAUUAUUGUUAUCAGUGUAUGUUACUAGGCAGGUCUAAAAUAGUUAAAAUUUAAAAAUAAAUAAAUAACUUGUUCCAAAAGCGUAUUAACAUGAAAGAAAGUUUAGUUCAUGAAAAUUUUUAACGCACACUCGCCACGCUGAUGACUACAUAUAACGCCAAUAAACGACUUUGAUGUGAGCUAAACAAUAAAAUGAAUGGUAAUAACCUCAUGCCGUAGUUUCUAUUGUAUAGGUAAUCAGUACCUUGAUAUAUGGUCACCCAUCAUAUCGAAAUUACACUUAAUCUUGAUUUAUUGAUUAAACUAUAUAUAAUUACAAAGCCAAUACAUUAUAAGACAUCAAUAACAUUUCCAAAUUAUUAUAAGAUAACCAUAGUGUAUGUAGUGUGUUCAAAAAGUAUCGCGAAUUUUGUGUAUUUUCAAAAAUUAUUUAUUCGUGAAUAUCUAUUUUGUCCCCCUCAAAGUAAUCCCCCUGGGAUAUUAUACACUUGUGCCAACGUUUUUUCCAAUCUUCGAAGCACUUCAAAAAAUCUUUUUUUUAUAUCUUGUUCAGCUUCUCCUUCGAUGCUGUCUUUAUCUCGUCAAUCGUGGCGUAGCGUCGUCCUUUCAAGGGCCUCUUCAGUUUCGGGAACAAGAAAAAGUCACAGCGUGGCUGCGGUAUCAUUAGUGUGUUGUUUUUGGCCAAGAAGUCGCGAGUACAAGCAGCGAUGUGUGAGCAGGGGCGUUAUCGUAAUUGAGCAAUUUUGGUGCGAAUUUUGCGGCGACCCGUCUCAUGCCCAAAUUAUCGAUUAAAAUCGAAUGGCACGAGCUAAUCGAUAUGCCUAGGUCCUCGGCAAUUUCUCUAACGGUGAUUCGACGAUUGGCCAAUACCAUUUUCUUCACUUCAUCAAUUUUUUCGUCUGUUGUUGAAGUGCUCGGGCGUCCGGCACGCUCUUCGUCGUUCACAUCUUCUUGGCCUUCUGAAAACAUUUUGUACCACUGAUAAACGUGGCUUUUGUCCAAAGUAGCUACUCCGUAUGCCACAGUCAACAUUCGGAAUGCAUCCGCGCUCUUAAUUUCGUUUUUCACACACAAUUUGAUACAGGUUCUUUGUUCCAUUUUUUUUAAUAGGAAAAAAUCGAAGACGAACCAAAGCACAUGCAAGCAAAGCAGCUGUCAACAAUUAACUGAACAUUUAAAAUGGCCGAACUUGUCAGCAUAAGUAAGAGACUCAGAACAAUAACAAGCAGUCAGAGACAUAUGUACCAACAUAACGCCACAAAAAAAUCGAAAUUCGAAUAUACGUAACCCGCGAAAAUUCUAAAUUCGCGAUACUUUUCGAACACA